CCAGGGGGCCUAGGAGUGUCAUUGGCGGAUGACCGCAGGCCUCGUCGCCGCCCCGGCCGCCGCCACCAUGGCCUCUGGCAGCAGCGGCCUUGCCGCCGCCCGCCUCCUCUCGCGCUCCUUCCUCUGUGAGUCCGGUUGGGGCGCUCUUUCCGAGCCUCCGCGGCUUCCCGGCCUCGUUGGACCCGCGCCCCGGUCUAGGCCGGGGCUGGGCCCUCCGGGGCGGGACCUCGGCGGGGGCCCAAAUCCGCGACCCUUUGCAAUGGAGGGAGCUUUGCUGGAUGUUUCGGUGCAACAGAAUGGAAUUCGGCAUUGUUCCUAUACAGCUUCCCGGAAGCAUCUCUAUGUUGAUAAAAAUACGAAGGUUAUUUGCCAGGGUUUCACUGGUAAGCAGGGCACCUUUCAUAGCCAGCAGGCGCUGGAAUAUGGCACCAAUCUAGUUGGAGGAACCACUCCAGGGAAAGGAGGCAAGACGCAUCUGGGCCUACCAGUCUUUAAUACUGUGAAGGAGGCCAAAGAACAAACCGGAGCGACGGCAUCUGUCAUUUAUGUCCCUCCCCCUUUUGCUGCUGCUGCCAUUAAUGAAGCCAUCGAUGCAGAAGUGCCCUUGGUCGUGUGCAUCACUGAAGGCAUCCCGCAGCAGGACAUGGUGCGGGUAAAGCACAGGCUGCUGCGCCAGGGAAAGACGAGGCUGAUCGGGCCAAACUGCCCUGGAGUCAUCAAUCCUGGAGAAUGCAAAAUUGGCAUCAUGCCUGGCCAUAUUCACAAGAAAGGACGAAUUGGUAUCGUGUCCAGAUCUGGCACCCUGACUUAUGAAGCAGUUCAUCAAACAACACAAGUUGGCUUGGGGCAGUCUUUGUGUGUUGGCAUUGGAGGUGAUCCUUUCAAUGGAACAGAUUUUACUGAUUGCCUUGAAAUCUUUCUGAAUGAUCCAGCCACAGAAGGCAUCAUAUUGAUUGGUGAAAUUGGUGGUAAUGCGGAAGAGAAUGCUGCAGAAUUUUUGAAGCAACAUAAUUCAGGUCCCAAGUCCAAGCCGGUGGUGUCCUUCAUUGCUGGCUUAACUGCCCCUCCUGGCAGAAGAAUGGGUCACGCAGGGGCAAUUAUUGCUGGAGGAAAGGGAGGCGCUAAAGAGAAGAUCACUGCCCUGCAGAGUGCAGGAGUUGUGGUCAGCAUGUCUCCUGCACAGCUGGGAACCACCAUCUACAAGGAGUUUGAAAAGAGGAAGAUGCUAUGAAAGCAAAACGAAUGAGAAAUUCCCUAAACCUGUGGAAUGAAUCAUUGUAGAAUUGUAAGCCCUGCCCUGUUGCUUCUGUCAUCCUCUGUCAGCUUGGGCGCCUGCUGCUGGUCUUUGAGGCAACAGGAAGCCCAAACAAGGUUUAGCGUGUCCUGCUUUGAGAUGGUUUCACCUCACCGAAUAACAGACAGCCAAUAAAUCUACCACUUGAUUUGAA